AUGGCUACCUCCGCUAGAGCUGAAGUUGGCCGCUCUUCCAUUUCAACGGUAUCCACGACCUUUUCAUUCACCCUAAGCAGGAAGCCUAGUAGUGUCUCUCUCGCAGAACGGGACGCUGCCGUAUGCUCUACCACCAACUCUCAUCGAAAGACAUCAUUUCUGGAACGAGUCUUCAAUCACCCUCUUUCGUCAAAACAGUCUCUCGACAGCCUUGUUGACAGUAACUGUAAUUCGCUCAAAGCAAAGUAUGGCAAGACUAGGGCACUAUUAGGCAAAGGAUCUAGUGCCAGUUGCUAUGUAGUCAAGCGCCCUACAGAUGACAAAACCUUUGCUGUCAAAGAGUUCAGGAAACGCAAGGACGGAGAAUCUGAAAAGGAAUAUCAGAAAAAGCUCACUGCUGAAUACUGUAUUGGAACACUCCUACAUCACGAAAAUAUUAUAGAAACUAUAGACAUCAUAUUCGAAAAGGAGAAGGCAUACGAAGUCAUGGAGCUCUGCACUGGUGGUGACUUGUUUGAAGCUAUACAAGAGAACACCAUGUCAAUUGCCGAAAUCAACUGCUGUUUUGCUCAGUUGCUUCACGGCGUGGAUUAUCUACACAAGAUGGGUAUUUGUCACAGGGACUUGAAACCUGAAAAUUGUUUAUUUGACUCCAAUAAUCAUCUCAAAAUCAUCGACUUUGGUUCCGCAGAUGUUGUCAAGUCUCCAUUUGAUAAAGUCUGCAGGAAAUCUUAUGGACGAUGUGGCAGUGGACCCUAUAUGCCACCAGAAGAACUCUCGGAUGCAACCUAUGACGGAACAAAAGCAGAUAUAUGGGCUUGCGGUGUGAUUUACUUGGCCAUGGUGUUUCAAAGGUUUCCUUGGCAGACAGCCUCUCCCACUGAUGCAAACUUCAAGGCCUAUGUAUCUGCCAAGUGUCAGUGCAAGUUCUUUGAUCGCCUCGCAGAUGGACCCAAGAAUAUCAUCAAGUCAAUGCUGGAUCCAAACCCAGAUCUUCGACCCACUAUUGCUGAGAUUCUCGAAAAUCCUUGGAUAAGAUCAUUGGUCGUAUGUGAAGCUUGUGGUGGUCGAGAUGCUAGUGUUAUGCAUCAUCAUGGAAAGCAUGGAGUCAACAAAACAAUGACAUUCCUGUCGCAGCCAACGCCAGUCAUUCCAAAUGAUUCUGCUCAAAAACUACUACGAACAUGCAACAACUGCUACAUCAGCAAGCUGAGUUGUGAUAGAGGACUACCGAUAUGUGCAGCAUGCCAGCGGAGAAAGAGAACUGAUUGUCGCUAUCCAGAGAUUGCUCCAUCCAAGAUUGCUGCAUCCACCAGACUCAGGAGAGGUACCCGGAACGAAUACAUCCAGACCCUAGAGAAUCAGUUGAGACGCUCUGAGGAACAACUAAGAGAGCUUCUUCAAGGAUAUGAGCUUCGAUUGCAACAGCCUUAUGCUGCCUUCGGCAGUUCUAGACAAUCAGUCCAACCGGUGGACUCGCCGUGGUCACAACCACAUACAAAGACAGAGCCAGCACCAUCAUAUAAACCAGUCUAUGAUGCACCUGCACCUCCGUAUGUUCCGACACGCCCACCACCACCAGGUUCUCACUUUUUCUUUGAUCCUGCCGAAUUUGUAUCACCUGGUCGAGGACCAAGACACUUCUACCCAGACAUGAAUCUACCAUUUGAUGCCAUAGAAGGAUUGGUCGAGGACUUUUUUUGUGGUCAAACUACUAUCGUUCGCAGUAUUCAUAGACAAACGUUUUUGGAAUCUUUCUAUGCUGGUUAUGUAUCUCUUGCAAUCUUGAACGCAAUGGCAGCUAUCUCCGCAAGAAUGUCAAAGCAUCCGGCCGUAUGGGGAAUGUGUCCUGACCCGUAUCAGAAGGGGGUGAGAGCUGCCUCACACGUCGUAGGAGAUCCAUUCUACAAACGGGCACGUGAUAUGGUAUUCAGCACAAUGGAUCGACCAUCUUUUCAUGUAUAUAUUGCACUGAUGUUGAUUGCUGAGUACUCUGCUUCACGAGAAUCUACGCCAUAUGUAGCAUCACAAGCGGUAUUAUGUGCGAAUAGGAUUGGACAUUCGAUGGCUCUGUCACUAGAUAUUGAUCCAGACUACUUGACUCACAUGAAUUAUAGUGGACCAUUGCCAGUUACUUACGUCGCGAAGGAUAUGCGAAGGAGGCUUUGGUGGGCCAACUAUUUGUAUGAGAUCAACUUGACCCUCUUUGGGCAAGCUGAUCCAUCUAAUGAAAUAUCGACAAUAUUGGCACCUCCAUCGCCUCUACCAGUCAAAACAUCGUCCGCGUCAUCCACUGAAAGUAAUAGCAGUAGUAGUAGCAGUCAUAGGAAUAGCCCUUUAGGAUCAAACUCGGAAUCAUUGUUGCCAAGUCUGCCAGGUCCAGAAGCCGACUUUCAACGAAGCUUCUGGAGCGAUUUGUAUCCGCCUCCUACUAUCAACGGACAUGUACUACCACCAUUCUCAUCGCUGGGCUUGGAUAAUGGUCGUCGAUCAUUUUCUAGGCCUACGGGUCCUCCACCAUAUGACGCGCAUGGUGCCAUAGGAUAUCAACCACAUCCCUCAUCAGUUGGUAACGUCAACACACCCUAUGAUAAUAGUAUCGUCAACACGCCCUAUAACAAUAACAAUGGUAGAAAUCAUCCGAUAAAUUAUAAUCACCAUAUGGGAGGUAUGCCUCCUCCCGCUCCUAAUUACUCCUAUCCGAAUUCGACAAUGAGCCCUCAAGCGUCACCACGACCACCUAGUCUGCCAUUAUCUCCACGGUCGCACUCAACACCAUCACUUCACGCAUACCGUGGACUACCACCGCAUCCGUCUGCAACAGGCCCACCGCCAAGUACUAAGCAAUUGAACAAUGACCAAACACGAUCUUGGCCCGAUGGGUAUCUAAAUUUGUUGCAGUUAUACAAACUCAUCCACCACGGACUGGAUAUAAAUGUAGAGAAGCAAAGGUUGAAUAGGAAGUUUCCUACCAGCAAGGUAGUGAAUGGUGAAGAGGCUACUGAGAGAGCAAUGUUGGCUAUUCAGUUGGAUGAGAGGACUGAUAAACUGAUUUCGAGCAUACGAAGUUGGUUGAACUCUGUACCGGAAAGUGUAUAUGAGUUGACUUCAGAUCCAAGUCAAAUCACGAGUGAUUGUGGUAGCACCGUCAAGCCGUCAUUCAUGUAUUUGCAUUCUAUCAUGCUUGGACACUCUAUCCUCAUGUGGUUGUAUCUACGAUCGGAACAACAACUUCAAACGAGUUAUAUGAAAGCGUCUCGAUUAUCGCCACAACACCAAUCCUAUCAACCAGUUUCCAAUAUUAUACAACUCACGUCACCGCAGGGAACAUCACCUCCUCCCAAUACAUCAUCAUCGGGGCACUAUUCAGCACCACCGUCUCAGUGUGUCCCUGAUCCAAGACAUGCACCGCCACCAAGACCUGUAUCAGAGUUCUUGGAUCAAAAGCAACAAAACGAACAACAAUACAAGGAAAGGCAGCAACAGAAACCAAACUUUCAACCAACAGCACCACCCUAUAUGGCUCCUCAAUCACCACCCAAAGUAAAGAAUGAACGAGGAGUGUCGGCUGCUGUUGCUGCAUCACUAGAGUCUGCUUGGAAGGUGUCUUGUAUACUGGAGGCCUUGAUGAUGCGAGACAUGUAUUUGAAUGUGUCGCUUGGUCCUGUGGCUAUUUGGACUAGUACGUUGGCUGCUCAUACGUUCUGGAGGUGCUUGAAUGUGGAACCUGCGCAAUGUCGUGAAGGCAUGAGGAGGGCAAUGAAGGCUACGAGAUUCCUAUCUAGCAAAUGGGCACUAGGAGAAAAGGCAUACCAAGUAAUGCUCUCACUCACGUCCAAAUCUCCUGGCUUUACUCGGGAAGAGCUUGAAUCGUUUUAG